GAGGAAGAGAGACUCCUCACAGGCGCAAGAUGGCGGCUCCCAGGGCGGCGUGAAGGCGCCUGGAGCCCGCAGCUUGCCCAUCGGUGCCGUACAGCGGGGGUGGAUCGAGCGGCCCGUUGCGCCUGGAAGGCGGAGGGAGGGAGGCCUGGCUUAGGGCUCCGGGUCGCGGGGGCAGGCAGGGUCGGAGGGGGAGACGCGGCGGGUGGGGGGGACGAGGGGGAGGCGGCUUCUCCCUCCCUGCGGCCGCCAUUUUCCGUCCGGGCAACACAAGAUGGCGGCUCCCAGGGCCGGGCUCUGAGCGGGGGCCGGAGGGGGGCGGCAGAGGGGCCCUGCUGCGGGCGGGGUGGAGUAACUGCCCCGCGCGGGGUAGUUCCCUCGGAAGGGCAAUUGGUAAUAGUUUUUCGAAAGUGGGGAGGCAACUAGGAGGCAGUUUUUGUUUCGGCCCCCACCCCUCUUCCUGCCACACGGGGAGGGCGUUUGCCCCAUAGGGAGGCUGCAUUCCGGGGGGGCCGCGCCAGGCGAUCCGAACUCGAGGAGCGGAGGGUUAGCAGCUCCUCCGCAAAGGGGCGCCUCCGCUCGCUCUCGGGGCAGCAAGCUCCCUCCUCCCCCCACAUAGGAAAGAAAAGAAUAGGUAUUUGCUUUUCCAAUAGUUUCUUUUUUGUGGGGGUAUACAUUUCUCAGCAUCUCAUUUUCACAACUACUCCGAAGUAGUUUGUUGCAGCAAGGAAGUGACUCCGGCUUAGUUCCCGCGGUGAGGGUUGUUGUAGCAGUAGUAGUCAAGAGAGGACUUGGGGGGUGUUGUGCCCCAUUUAAGGCGGGUGUUUUGACCAACCACCCUGGAAAAAAAGUGAAGCAGCCGUGUCUCCUACUCCCACUCUUACCUCGAAAGAGGUAGAGUGCAUGUGGGUUGGAAGAGUGCCCCCUCCGCUCCUUUUUUUAAACCACCUCUAGAUAAAAACUGAUAGGAUUGCCUCUUUGUUGCGCGCUUUUAGAGGACUGAUCGCUAGGAAGGAGACUUACUUGGCUUUCCAUGGCUGCCGCCUCUGCUAUUGUCCCUAGUGGGGGCUCCCCAACAGGUGGCGGGACCACCCCAGGGCUGCUCCAGCCCCGCUGGAAGCGGGUGGUUGGGUGGUCAGGCCCCGUGCCACGGCCCCGACAUGGGCACAGAGCUGUGGCCAUCAAAGAGCUGAUUGUGGUCUUCGGAGGGGGCAACGAGGGCAUCGUGGAUGAGUUGCAUGUCUAUAACACAGGUAAGGGGGGUGAAUGGGCAACAGCGUCUAGGGUGUUCAUAGGGUGAGGGCAUUACCCCCAUUUGUAGCCAAAUCAUGAAAAGCUUGCCUAUAAUAGAUCCCAGAAAGCCUUGUAAUUCUCCAUGAAAGCAUGAAGUAAAAACUCUGAUAUCUUGUGUAAAUGUAUGUAUAUAUGUAUGUAUAACUCCCACUUUUGUUUUAGGUUUAGGCUGCUAAGAUUGCUAUAUUGUUUAACUCUUGCUCCCCCAAAGCUGCAAGUUGAUAUAGUAGGAUGUAUGGUAAUGGAGGUAGGAGAGCUAGUAGGGUGAAGUAGUUGUAAAGUCCCUCUUGUUCCUUCGCGGUUAAAUUUCUUCCAGCCCUUUGGCUGUGAUAAUUGGCAUGUGCUUGAGUCUUGUCGUUGUAGCCUUCCGUUAGGUGGAAGUCAAGGGACUUUACAUUAGGAACUUUUCUUCCUCUGUGUUGGUGUCCGGAGAGGAGCAAUUGAACUUUGGGGGUGCAGGAGGGCGUAUCAGGGUAUGUUGGCAGGGGAGCUCAUCUCCUACUGGCAACAUAUCUUAAAUGGAUUAUCUUGUUGCAGCCACAUGAGCCCCAAUCAUCAGUCUCAGUGGCACUGGAGAGGUUGUGCGUGGUCUGGCAAAAACAGAGAUGCGUCCCAGCUUGAUUGAAAAAGACAAAUUCCCGAGAAUUGUCUAUCACGAAGCCAGUGCACCCAGCUUAGAAUGCAGCUCAGGGUACCCUGAGGACACAAGUGCUUGCCUACUUUCAAGUUAACCCUAGUGUGUUGGAGGUAGCUGUGAGAUGUUUUCUGCCUCCUCCCAAUGUCAACACCCUGGUUCCUACAUGCAUUCAUGGGGGGGGGGGCACUGGCAGAGAAGCUUUUCUUCCCCCAAGGGCUUGGCGGGAAAAAUUCAACUUUCAAAUGCUGCAGCUUUUAACCCCUUGUUGUCUGGUAUCUUUGCUCAAAUAUAGAGCGCGCACCAGUACAGUGCCUCUGAAAGUUGUGGUGGGUUCAGAGCAAAUGCUGGAACAUUCCACCCUGUAGCCAUUUGGGAGGGGUCAAAGACCCUUAUCUCCAGUGUCAAGAGUUGGAAACAUUUACACCUCAUAGUGUCAGUUGUAGAUUGAAGUUUGCUGAAACCCUUCCCAGGGCUGGCUUUAAUUCCCGCCGCUGCCCCCCCCCCCAGUGAGUGCUAACAGAAAAAGUCACUUUUUGCAAGCAGAUUCCCACCCAUGAUCUACUGUUCCUGUUCUUUAUUGGGAGUCUGGGCUCAGGGUGGAGUCUGUUGGCUUCUUUAAACUAAGCUGCAUGUGAGCACGUUGUGAUGUGGGUUCUGUUUUCCUGCCAAAAUGUAAGGAUGGGGCAGGUGGGCCUCUGUUGUUCAGAAGCCCCUACUACUCAGCUAAGGCAUUAUAUACGCAUUCUCGGAAGACACAGUUGGUGUUCACUCUUUUUUCCCUUUUUUUGCAAGGCAGCGGGGGGGGGGGGUGUUGUGAAUUCAUUUUCCCAGACCCAUUGUUCCAGCAGGCUUUCAGCCCAGGUGAUAUACCAGGAUUAGUUUAGGGACAUCUAGCCUGCCAGUGUAAGCUUGCAGCGUGAUCUGAGUUCUUUAAAUUACAAAAAUAACAGUAGAUUAAGAGGUUAGCUCUAAAGAUUACCAAAUUGAGUAUUAAUUGGAAGGGUUUUCUAGAUGUAAUCUUCCCCAGUUUUUUGAUUUUGAACAGUAUUAAAGGUUAUUUCCUUUUCUGGAUCAGAAGGUCCCUAUUUAGUCUGAAAGGGUUACCAUACCAUCAUUGCAUCUUCAGCCUAGUUGUUUCCUGCACUGUAUGGUGAUUCCUCUGUCCCUGAUCUAUGGGUAAUGUGGACUUCCUAGCUUAGAAUGCACAAUUUGGGAUUAGUAUGAACAUUUUCUCUGCUACAGUGAAGCAGAUUUUGACAUUUGUGCCUUCAUUUGUGUUACUCAUAUGAAAUAGAGAAGAGUCCUCAUUUUAAACAAAAAGCAACUUUGGAUAUUUUGAAACACAGAGAUCUGAGUGGAAUCUAUAACAAGGCUUAAGACAUUUUUUUCCUCCUGAAGGAAGAAUUCUUCAAGAAGCUCAGGAAAUGCAAAGUGUUUUUCCUUAGCAGAAGUGUUAAAUUUAAUUUCAAACUUUUUUCAGUCCUAGUCAUCUCAUGCUACUGCUUCUUGUACUGCAAAAUCAGUCUUUGCAGGCAAACAAAAUGAAAGUGAUGUUCGGACACCUUCCUGGAAGCAUUGGCUAGUUGUCAAAGCGAGGUGUUAAGAGGGGUGAAGGUGCUGGGUUGGUGUUACCUUCUUUGGGUAGUUCUGGUAGGCCUUCCAGCAUAUUAAGGUUUUGGUCAUUGAGACUAGUUAAGUAGGGUUGCAGCUUAAAUUCACUGCAGGAAUAAAUGUGUGGCCUGAAGCUGCAUUGGAUUUGCAAGUGCAUGUGGAAGGGAGUCUGUCUCUUCCUCCCCUAGAGCUGCUGUGACUGGAGUCUUGCAGUGUAAGGAGAGCUGGGCGGGAGGGGUGGGGGCAGCUUCCUGAUUGGCAGUUGCCUCUUCUCUCUGAUUUGCCUGAUAGGCUGCUUCCUCCCGCUCUGCUCACUGUAAACAGUUCCUCUGGCUGGCAGAAGCCUUGUGCUGCUGAGUGCUGCAUCCACCAGGAGCACCACUGGGAAGGAAUGCCUCCUCCCUCAUUUUGACUUCUUUGCUUUUGUGGCCAAGAUGUUUAGCUAGUAGAGUACUUCCUUUAUUUCAUUCUCACCAGACAGAGGUGAAGCCUCUUUGCUGAGAGGUUUUCCUGUUUCUGGGGUGUUUAGUGUUGGGCUUAAAUGCCAGUUGAGAGGGCAAGGAAAGGGGUUUUGUUACAAAUCAUGGCACCCUCAGUCUGGAGGCAAGGGAAGUCACUGCUGCAGUGAGUGCAUGAAGACAGCUUAGGUCUUCAAACCAAGUGGUAAUAGAUAUCUCAUUACGUGGUGGAUUGGCAGCCAAGAGGGUGGAGAGAUGAGCCAGAUUCACACAUCUGUGCCUCCGUGGCUCAAGGUCUGAGCCCUGCUUGCAUCUGAGCACAGAGUUUAAGGCAGCCCUUCUGACUCCCCUCUGCUUGUCUCUUAGCUACAAACCAGUGGUUCAUCCCAGCUGUGCGGGGAGACAUCCCUCCUGGUUGUGCGGCCUAUGGCUUCGUUUGUGACGGAACCCGUCUGCUGGUAUUUGGGGGGAUGGUGGAGUAUGGCAAGUACAGCAACGAUCUCUAUGAACUGCAGGUGAGUGGCUGCAGGACAUAAGACUGUUCUCAGUUCAGGAAGGGGGGUGGUUUGAAAGUUAAGCAAGGGGCUUGCACAGUACUACUGACACAGUGCUAAGGUGUGGAAGUCAGACCCUGGUCUACCUUUUUGAUUCACCCACAUUAUUUCCUGUAGCUACUGUAUUGGGCCACUAGUCUCAGAAGCAGCAGAGGGCUACCAAGUUUUUAACUUCUAGAAGUUUCUCUCUGUGCUCCUUUCCUUCCCAGCCACUCUCCCUGCUGCUUAGAUGUUCUGCUUUUAAAAUAAAUCCUGCGCUGCUCACUUGCUUUAACCACAUGGCACUUUGUUUUAGGCCAGCCGUUGGGAGUGGAAGAGAUUGAAAGCCAAGACUCCUAAGAAUGGGCCCCCACCCUGCCCACGACUUGGCCAUAGCUUCUCAUUGGUGGGCAACAAAUGCUACCUGUUUGGGGGCUUGGCCAAUGACAGCGAAGACCCUAAGAAUAACAUUCCCAGGUAUAGUGUUUGUGUCUUGCCCUGUGUCGUGAUCAAGCUGUAGUGCUCCAGGUGCAACGACUUUGCUGCCAAUUUGGACUGGAGCUUCUCACUUGUAUUUCCAUAACUGGGAACUAUGCAAGGGAACCACUGGUCUUGGGGGUGUUGUUGAAUUUGAGCGAAUUAUUCAUUCCCACCUCACUUUUUUUUAAUUCUUGAGAAAAUAUUGCUUGUGCUGUCUACAGGAACAGGGCUGUAAAGGCAUGGGUAGUGUCUGUGGGUACACAGUUGGGAAGCAAAGAAGAGCGUGGCCUGGCUUUCAUUUCUGUUUUUCUGUCUCCGCCCCCACCCCAAUUACAGGUACCUGAAUGACCUCUAUAUCUUGGAGCUACGACCAGGCUCUGGUGUGGUAGCCUGGGACAUCCCCAUCACUUAUGGUGUACUGCCUCCGCCACGGGAGUCCCACACUGCUGUGGUGUACACAGAGAAGGACAACAAGAAGUCCAAACUAGUUAUAUACGGUGGCAUGAGUGGUUGUCGUCUUGGUGACCUCUGGACCCUUGACAUUGGUAACAGCAUCAGGAAUGGUUUAUUUGCUUUGUUUUAGAUUGAGGUGGUGUUUGUGGUACCGACUUAGAAGGGAGUGGGUCUUUUGAGCCCUGACAGGGAUGCUAGUUCCAGCCUCAGCAUCUUGAAAGGCUGGGAGGCAGGAUCAAGCACUGCAGGUGGAGUGAUCUCUUUGCUGUGUUUUUCUCCCCCAGAAUCUCUAACAUGGAACAAGCCCACCCUGAGUGGGGUGGCUCCCCUCCCACGCAGUCUGCAUUCAGCCACAACUAUUGGGAACAAGUAAGACUUGUCUCUGACAUUCUUUAGCCUGAUUUCUCACUGCUUUUGAAAGCCUAAUUCCUAGUCCUGUCACAACUUCUGUUCACCAUUUCUUCUCUUUGGGACAGGAUGUAUGUAUUUGGAGGCUGGGUACCCCUUGUCAUGGAUGAUGUCAAAGUGGCAACACAUGAGAAGGAAUGGAAAUGCACAAAUACCCUGGCCUGCCUCAACCUCGGUAUGUGGGAGGAUGUCCUACACAUUCUUUCAUUUCCCCCCACCCCCGCCUGUCUCCAGUCCUUUCCUGUCUGAUCGCCUCUGUGUGUAUUUCUGUCUUUGCACAGACUCCAUGGCUUGGGAGCCCAUUCUGAUGGACACACUAGAGGACAAUAUUCCACGGGCCAGAGCUGGGCACUGUGCUGUGGCUAUCAAUACCCGCUUGUACAUCUGGAGUGGCCGCGAUGGGUACCGCAAAGCUUGGAAUAACCAGGUUUGCUGCAAGGAUCUAUGGUACCUUGAGACAGGUAAGAGGGUUCAACGUAGGGGCAGGGGCAUUAUAGAACAGGUGGAGAUUUUGAGACUGAAGUUCUAUGCAAAUUGGCAGAAGUAGACACUUUUGGGGGAAUUUCAUGUUUGAAUGCUCUCCCCCUCUGCAUGUUUACUGUGGGAAGCAGGAUUUAAUCUUGCCUUGUUCCCAAGAAGCUAACUUUACACAUGCAAGGAGCUUCUAAUGUAGGGACAACAAACAGGUGGUGUGUAUUGUAGUGCCAUCUUGCAUUCUGGAGUAAUAAACAUAAUUCAUCUGCUUGAAUUCCCUCCACAUGAUAAGUUCUUUGCCUGUGAACAGCUAGCUUUUUAGGAGAAGGUGACUAUAUUUUGACAAGCUAGUUUUCUGGCAGUAGGGGGCGGGGUGGAGAAGCAUUCAGGCAUUCUCUUCCUCUAUUUGCAGUUGGGCAUGAUCUACAAUAUUACUUUUCUGAACAUGUAGGUGUUGCCUACUAUCAGCAUCUCUCUUGAUUGUUGAGAAUGUGGUGGUUUGCCCUGGGUCCCUCUUGUACUGCUUUGCAGGGAGUUUGCAAUAUAUUUAGUUUGUAGUAGACUGAAAAGACAAUCUGAAUUUGGCUUCUUACUCUAGCAAACUACAUUUAAUCUGUACCUAGCAUCCAAACAGUGGGCAUAGUGACUCCACUCUCACUAUUUUCCAGACCCACUGGUAGGUGGGAUGAAGGAAGCUUCUGGCAACCUCCCUCCCUGCAAAAGUAGGAAUGGAACUCCUCCUUCUUCCUCGGUUGUAUGCCAUUCUGUUCAGCAUGCACAUGUCAGGGUUCAGAUCUUCUCUUACACUGAUGUCACACCUUCCCAUACCAUAUCUUUCCCCCUGUAAUCAUUUCCUGAAGCGCCCCUCCAGCUUCCCCUCCUCUGUCCCUCAAAAUCCCUACAGCAAUAAAGAAGGCAGCAGCCCCUCCACACCCACUCCCUUGCACUUUCCUGAGUCUUUGCAUGUCCCCUCCACCAGUGGAUGCUCUGUGACUCAAGAGAGAAUGUGCCAUUCCCUUCAGGCACUGCUCCUAUGGGGAAAGAUCCAGAUUACCACAUCCCAGCCACUUCUGCCUAGGGGAGAGAGAGUUUUUUCCUCUGCUCUUAAACUAACUCCAAUAUUUGCCUGGCAUUAUGUCGGAUGUUGUCAACAAAUUGCCACCAAUUGCUGCAGAAAUGGGAAGGAGAGCUCCAUUUCACUCAAAGGAACAUUUUCCUGUAUCCAUAACUAUCCACACAGUAGGAGAGGUACCUCUGGCUGGCAUUGUUUUCUUUCAGCCUCCUGGUAUAUGCACUGUUAUUCUCCCCCAACUUCCAAAUAUGUUCACCUGAAAAGGGUCUUAGAAUGGGAAAAGGUGAACAAGAUUUAGACCAUCGAGAGAAACAAGCCGAGGCAAUAAUGCUGCUUACAUGCUGGUGGCUUUUUUUCACCAGCACCUACGCUGCUGCAAAAUGGUCUGGGAAGCUAAAAAGAAAAUGUUGAUGGGGCUGGACUGGUUUGCCCUUGCUUUUAGAGUAGUGUCCCGGAGUAAGUGUGUGAAAUGGUAUGGAAUAGCUUUAGAGGAAAGGUUCUCUAAGGAAUGUGAUGGGAUCGAGUUCCCUUUGCAGGGUACCUGCAGCGUCCUCUUCCAAAUGCCAUCUGUUCUUAUUCUUCUGUUCCAGAGAAACCUCCGUCGCCUUCACGGGUACAGCUGGUUCGUGCCAACACCAAUUCCCUGGAAGUGAGCUGGGGCUCUGUCCCAACAGCUGACACUUACCUGUUGCAGCUCCAGAAGUAUGACAUCCCAGCUGCCACCUCGCCAGCUGCCAAUCCUGUGCCCUCAGUGCCUGUCAACCCCCCCAAGAGCCCCGCUCCAGCUGCAGCUGCCCCUGUCCCCACAGUGCAGCCCCUGGCGCAAAUGGGCAUUACCCUGCUGCCCCAGACCACAGCUGUUGCAGCUGCUGCUGGUGCCGUAGCUGCUGCCGCCGCCGCCCCACCUACCACGACCACCAUCCAGGUGCUGCCUACUGUGCCUAGCAGCCCAAUGCCUGUGCCUGCUGCUGCUGCUGCCGCUGCCACCGCCGCCACUCCUCGUCCUCAAGGUAAACGGGAAAUCCUAGAGGGCAGCAGGGAGCACAGGACUCUUUAUAUUUUCAACUAAAACCCCAUCCCAUCCUUGCCGGGAAGCAGGCAUCUUUGUGAGCACACACUUUCUUCCCACUAACAUCUGCUGAAAGAGCCAUGCAGCUCCACCCGCAGGGCCCUCUUUACAGUAGCCCCAGGUUUUAGAAAGACCUCCCAAAGAAGGAACAGCAGAACACCUUCAACAAAAUUAAAAUAACAUUUAUUUCUUAAGAUUAUUAGCAUGUGCAUCUUUGAGCGUAGGGUGUGUUGGUCUAAAUAUUUUAAAUGAAAUGCAUAAGAGCCAAAUCCUAGUCUGUAUUUGGGGCUUUUAAGUCAAUGUCUACCCCCACCCCCCCAUGGGAGCUCUCAGAAAAAUAUCUGAGUGUGUUUGCCUAACAGUGAAUCACAUAAGGGGACAUAAGUUGGAAGCGGGAAGGAACGGAGCUGCGUUGAACAGUGUGUGCUUUUAAGGCCCUCAUUUUUGUUUUUAAAAUAAGCUUCCAGUUCCAUAUUCUUCAUUGAUGCGUAUAUAUUUCCUCACCAGUUCAAGGGGGAGGACGCUGUUCUUGGGAUAUUACUUACUGCACUUGGGGCAAGUGAUCAAAGGAAAAUGUACACUUUCCAUGCCGACUGUCUGCUUUUUGCGAGGGCAGCCAGCUUGAGAACCAUCACAGUAACUAGGAAUCUAGGACACAAACAUGUCUUUCGGUUUUUGUCCUCUUCCUUGGCAGCUGUCCCAGCUGUGCUGAAGGUGACAGGCCCACAAGCUACUACGGGGACUCCAUUGGUGACGGUGCGUUCAGCAGGGCAGGCUGGGAAGGGGCCUGUGACAGUUACUUCACUGCCGGCCGGAGUGCGUAUGGUGGUACCCACGCAGAACACUCAAGGGACAGUGAGUAUCGCUUAAAAGAAUGAGGGGGGGGCUGUGCUGGAAGGAACUAAUUCUCUGUCCUAAGACAAGAACUUCAGGACAUUAACUUCCUGACACUCUUCUCUAUCCUUCCAGGUGAUUGGCAGUAGCCCCCAGAUGAGUGGCAUGGCUGCUCUGGCAGCUGCUGCUGCUGCCACUCAAAAAAUUCCACCAUCUUCAGCCCCUACAAUGCUGAGUGUGCCUGCUGGCACAACCCUAGUUAAAACUGUUGCUGUUUCACCGGGAACCACCACGCUACCCACCACAGUUAAAGUUGCCUCUUCUCCCGUCAUGGUGAGUAUCUGCACCAUACUCUCUGUUAGGAGGCUGUUUGGCUCAUUAGCCUGCAACCAGUUUUGCACACAGCAGGUGGCAAGAGGGCAACAUCUCCUUGUGCUUUGUGAAUGAAACCCUAGAUUUCUGCCUCCUGGUUGCCCCUAUUUAAAAAAGGGGGUGGGGGGCUUAAGGCAAGGGCAGAGGACCUUUGGUUCCUCCUGAUGUUACUGCUGGUUCCUCCUGCUGUUACUGGAUCAUCCCUGUCGAUUGACCCUGAUGGGAGUUGUAGUCCAGCAGCAUUGGGAGGGCCACAAGUUUCCCACCCCUGCUCUUAGGGAUCUUUGCUUUUCUCAUGUUGGCCAUGUUGAUGCAGGUGAGCAACCCAGCAACCCGCAUGCUGAAGACAGCCGCCGCUCAGGUUGGCACCUCGGUAUCUUCAUCCACCACCAAUACACCUACUCGGCCCAUCAUCACCGUGCACAAGUCUGGCACUGUCACUGUAGCACAGCAGGCCCAGGUGAUGACUACUGUGGUGGGAGGGGUGACCAAGACCAUCACAUUGGUGAAAAGUCCCAUCUCAGUACCUGGAGGCAGUGCAUUGGUAAGUAUCCAAGUUGCGGGGGGGGGGGCGGAGCUGAGAGCAGAUAUAUCUUUCAGCUCACUAAACACUCCACUCUAGAUGAAAGUAGGCAAUUGUACAGGACAGUUCCUUCCUUUAGCAUUUGUGAGCUGCUGCUCUCCCUCAGUAUUCUCUACUGAUGAAGGUUUACCAGCUACUUUAUUAACCCAGCUUCUCCUCAAUAAGGAUGAGAAGAGUGAUAAGAGAAAGUCCCUUCAUUUUUGGACAUGUCAGGGGCAAACCAAUCUUGUUUUCUCCUGACAGAUUUCCAAUUUGGGUAAAGUGAUGUCAGUUGUUCAGACUAAACCUGUUCAGACAUCAGCUGUGACAGGCCAGGCAUCAAGUGGCCCUGUGACCCAGAUAAUACAGGUAAGAACUUGCAACAUAGGAUUGGUUGCCAUAUAUAUCCCCAGCCCAAGAGCACUUUGCUGGACUGUUGAUGCUACUUCCAACCACACUUUUAGAUGUGCAAACUGAGGCUCACUCAUUAAUUUUCAACACACUUUUAGGCAUAUACUUGUAGGGACCGAAAGCAAUAUUAAGUUUUUCUGGUGGCCUUUGUUACUUGCUUCUUGUGAACAAUUUAGAUUCUUGCUCUUCUAGAGCUUCAGGUUUUUUUGUAUGGCCUCCCUAUUUGUUGAGUGUAAGCAUAUUGAGAUGCUUGUUCUGUGCAUCGUUUAUUCCCUGUGUUUUCUCUCUUUCUCCAGACCAAAGGGCCCCUGCCUGCUGGCACUAUCCUAAAGUUGGUGACCUCAGCAGAUGGCAAGCCCACCACAAUCAUCACCAGCUCCCAGGCAGGCGGUACAGGCACCAAGCCCACCAUUCUGGGCAUCAGCAGUGUCUCUCCAAAUACAACAAAGCCUGGCACCACAACCAUCAUCAAGACCAUCCCCAUGUCUGCUAUUAUUACCCAGUCAGGUGCCACAGGUAGGGAGUUGAGCGUGAUUAUAAGCAGUACUUCCAUGGCACUGGCUGGGUGGUGGGUAGCGGAACUAGAAGAUGCUGGGAAGUGCAGCAGCCAUUGGGAUCACUCUUAGGAUGGCUUCAAGAGCACUUCAGUGUUUCUCUAUCCCAAGGGGUUAAAGCUCCCUCCAUGUUACAGCUCUGCCUCUUUUUUCCAGGUGUCACCAGUAGCCCUGGGAUCAAGUCUCCCAUCACCAUCAUCACCACAAAAGUGAUGACUUCUGGCACUGGGACACCUGCCAAGAUCAUCACGGCUGUACCCAAGCUGACCACAAGUCACGGGCAGCAGGGUGUAACACAGGUGAAUCAGCUAGUUAGAUGAGAGGGCACUGAGUGCUGCGUUGUCCUGAGCUGCAACUCGAGUUCUUAACAUGUCAAAUGUGUGCCUUUCCAGGUGGUACUUAAAGGAGCCCCGGGUCAACCUGGCACUAUCCUGCGAACAGUCCCUAUGGGUGGAGUGCGGCUUGUCACCCCUGUCACGGUGUCUGCUGUCAAGCCUACUGUCACCACUUUGGUGGUGAAAGGAACUACAGGUGAGUGUGCUGGCCUGGGGGCAGGAGCAAUAGGCUGGACACUUAGGCUAAUGCAUUUGCUUUUCAUUAUGAAGCCCCGCAGCUGUGAGGGUAAGUUGCCUGAUAGGUAGAAUGCUGGCUACACCUUGGCUUGUGCUUGCUGUAAAUUUGGUUGCCAGCUUUGUUUUCUUGCUGCUAUGCUGUCUAUAUGUCCCUAGAAAAGCAGCCUCAUGGGACACUGACCAGGACCCUUGAAACCCAUGUUUACUGCUAGGGGUACAGACUGGGUUUCUGACCCAUUGAAACCAGCACACUGUGGAGGAUACCAAUCACAACCUUUCCGUCUUCUUUCAGGUGUCACAACCUUGGGCACUGUAACUGGCACAGUCUCAACCAGCCUAGCUGGGACUGGGGGACACAAUACCAACGCCUCCUUGGCGACACCUAUUACCACCUUGGGCACCAUUGCCACACUUUCCAGCCAGGUCAUCAACCCAGCUGCCAUCACAGUCUCAGCAGCACAGACUACCUUGACAGCAGCAGGAGGGCUGAGCACUCCCACCAUCACCAUGCAGGUAUGGAGUGGGUCAGAGGGAGCUUCUGGGGAGCUGUUUCCUGAUAAAUGUGAAGUCCUCAUGGCUUCCCAGUAAAUUGAUGAGCCCAGGGAUCCAGGGUGGGCAAAGUACUUCACGUAACACAUAAUUAACUUGUGGUGCUUACUAUUGUAACAAGAUGGUUGCUGGCUAAGGUGGCUUCAAAAGGGUAACAGACGGAUUCAUAGAUUCUCUUGUUGGUUAUUAGCUGUGAUAGCCAAAUGGAACCUUUGGGUGUCACUCAGUUGGUGAUAAGGCUUCUGUCCGCAAAAUGCGGAUGGAAGCAAUUAUCAGUCCCUCAACUCUCUGGAGCAUAUUUAUGGAGGUUGGAGAGGCGGGAGGGGGAGUUACUGGAAAUUAUUUUCUUCCCCAUUGUGCUGAAAGAAGCCUUCCCUUAAGCUGAACAACACAGUAGGAUACAGCCCACUGUGUUCAGUGCAAUGUAGUCCUGUAAACCAGUUCCUGGGAACUAAGCAGGGGGGAAACGGUUCUCUUUGGUUUAGUGGCCCUGGGACGAAAGUUCCCUCUGUUCUCAUGGCCCCAGUAUUUUAAUUUACAGCAGCUGUGGUCUAGCAAAUACUUGUCCAAGAUCUGAAACCCCAAGGUGAGCUUUAUGUCAAGUGUGUAUGUGUGCAUGAGAGAGAGAGACAUUAUUCUUGUUUAUAAAACCCAAUAAAACCCUACUGCAGAAUUCAUUGUCUUUGGGUUAUUAUAGCCUCCCUGAACACUAGCCUGCUAUUAUAUCUGCAAGGCCAAGCAAGAAGGAGGACAGACUUUAAGCUCUGCAGCACCUUAACUUGCUUAUUUAUGAUGCUGCAGGAAAGAUUUGCAGUCUGUCCUCUCCUGGUGGAGGCUUGCAGACCAUUGGUUACCUGAACUAGCCUCUUAACAUGUCUCAUGUCCACAUUCCCUAUAAGCAAGAUCAAGGCUGUUAUACAAGUUACACAAAAUGAGGUGAUAGAACUAUGGACUAUAGUUCUUCAGAUUCAAGAUGAGUUGGGGAGGUUAUAUUUUUGACGACUCCCCACAAACUAAUUUUUUCUAUCUGUAGAGAAGAGUACUAUGUUAAAUAGUUCUCCGUUAUAUACUGAGAAACAUUCAAAAACAUAAUUGCCAACUGCAUCCUGAGCUGGUGUGGUUCCACCAUCUCAUUCUGAGUAAUUUGUAAAAUUGUUCUAAGACUUAUUUUUUAAUGGUGCAGAAAAAGUCCCUGGCCGAGGUGUUUAUUCUAACGUGUGUGUAUUGGUCUCUGCUUAUUAUCUCUAGCCUGUGUCCCAGCCUACUCAAGUCACCCUGAUUACGACACCCAGUGGCGUGGAGGCCCAGCCAGUGCAUGACUUGCCCGUCUCUAUCUUGGCCUCGCCUACCACAGAGCAGCCCACAGCUACUGUUGCAAUUGCUGAAUCAGGGCAGGGAGACGCCCAGCCAGGCACCGUCACUUUGGUGUGCUCCAAUCCACCAUGCGAGACCCACGAAACGGGCACCACCAACACAGCCACGACAACUGUAGUGGGCACUUUGGGUGGGCCGACCCAGGUGCAGUUUGUGUGUGAGGGGCAAGAGGGUGGUGGGCUUCAGCCCAAUGGGAGAGUCGUGCGGGUAUGUUCAAAUCCUCCUUGUGAGACCCACGAAACAGGCACCACCAACACUGCCACCACUGUGCGGAGUGCUGGGCAAAAGGUGUGCUCCAACCCACCCUGCGAAACGCAUGAGACUGGAACUACCAAUACAGCCACCACCUCCAGGAUUGAGAAGACUGCAGAUCCGCCAUGCCAAACUUUCCAGACUAGUGCCACUAGCACUACCAUGACAGUGAAACCCAUUGUGGGCACAGGUCAGCUAGUGUGCUCCAACCCACCCUGUGAAACCCAUGAGACGGGAACCACCAACACAGCCACCACUGCCACCUCUAACAUGGGCCGAGGGCAACCUGAUGGUGAGCAGAAAGAGCCAAACAACCCCCCAUGCCAGACAAAGCAGACUAAUACAACCAGCACCACCAUGUCGGCAAAAGCAGAUGUGCCCACUGAGCAACCAUGUGCAGUCCGGAUGGUGAGCUUUACUUCAGCUUCUGGUGUGCCCAGCGUUGCCUCUGGCACCACCAGUACAGUGCAGGCCAGCGAAAGACUACCAGCCCCCAAAAGCCUACAGUGUGAAUCCCAUCACACCCACACCACCAAUACUGCCACUACGGCUCGGUCUCUGAUGGGCCGAGGGCAGCCUGACGGUGAGUGGGUGGGAUCCGCCAACCCUCCGUGCCAAACGCAGCAGACCUGUUCCACCAGCACCACCAUGUCUGCCAAAGCAGAUUUGCCUACAAAGCAGCUGUGCACAGUGCAGCCGGCAUUGCCCGAUUCAGGUUCAAUGCUGCCCCCCUCAAGCACACCUUGCGAGACCAGCAAAACAGGCGCCAAGGAUUCAGGCCCCCAGGUGUGCUCCAACCCACCUUGCGAGACUCACGAAACGGGCACCACUAACACAGCUACUGUAUCCACAUCAAACCAGGGUACUUCACAGCCACUUUGCUCCAACCCACCUUGCGAGACUCAUGAGACUGGCACCACCAACACAUCUACAACAGCCACUUCCAGCAUGGGCGUAGGGCAGCAAGUGUGCUCCAACCCACCUUGCGAGACUCAUGAGACUGGCACCACCAACACAGCAACCACCACAACAUCAAACAUGGGCGCAGGGCAGGGUGAAGGUGCUGGGCAAACUCCUGCUUCUCCACCCUGUGAAACACAGCAGACGAGCUCCACCAGUACUACUAUGACGUCCAGCACCGGAGGUGAUGGCACCCACAUUUCCAGCUCAACCUCUUUGCCAGUGGGGGGCUCUGAAUCAGGAAAAGCCCCUGAGGGAGAAAGUCCAGGUACUGAAGGAUUACCACUUCAGAACCCAACCACCAGAGUGUGCUCAAAUCCUCCUUGUGAGACCCACGAGACUGGAACGACUCACACAGCCACCACUGUCACCUCCUCCAUGGGGUCCAAUCAAGGUGAGAUCAGGCAGGAGAGGAAUCUGGAGAGUCACCUGCUCCCAUCUUGCAUUUGGAUGCCUUGGGCCAGUGGCUUUCAGGCGGGGGGGCUUGCGGGGGGGACCCUGGGGAUCUCUGGAAGCUUUAUAUUGUGACACCUUAUGGUGUCACAGUAACCAGGAGCACUGCUUGGGUCCCUGUGUCAUUUGUCCCAACUUUAUACAUUCAGUUUUCCUCAAUCAAGUACCUCUUCCUGCUUGAGCAGGACUGGGCUUCCUGCACCACCUUUGGCAUCCUUGUUUUCAUGCAGUCAUUGAAAUAAGUACUGCAUCUCUAAAGAGCAGGUGUUUUGAAAACUGUUUUGUCAGGGACUCAGGGGGGAAAUAGUAAUGGCAGGCGUCUCUUCUUCAGAAGAGUGUUGGGCUUACCCCAGGUGACAUUCUCAGCUCACAGAAUAAUGCUGAGAGUCCACAGUGCCUUGGAGAAACAGCAUAUGUAUUUUUCUAACUGCCCUGAAAUCCUUUGCAACACACAUAGAAAUCAUUGGCAGACAAGUUCAUGGAAAAUGUGUUUUCAGAAUUCAGAGGUCUGCGAAAAAUGCUCUUAUAGGAACCUAAGUCUGGGUUUACUGCUGUCUGGAGAACAUGAACAGGCAAAUGGAAUCUAAAGUUGUGGCUUUGUUCUCAUUGCAUAACCAUUUCCUCUUUGCAGACCAGCCACCUGCCACCAAUGGCCAACAGGGGGAACCUGAGUCAACUGUGACUGAGAGCCCAGCUGCCAGUAGCCCCAGUACUGUUACAACCACCGUUGCCUCCACACUGCCCAGGGCUGUCACCACCGUGACACAGUCAACACCCCCGCCAGGACCCUCAGUGCCGGUAAGAACCACAGAACCAGAACCGGGCUUGAAAUAAAACUUGUUCUUCCACCCUCAUCUGUUCCAUGGGAUAUGCCAGAAGUUGAGGCUCUAAGGCCCACAGUGGGCUUUGAGGGAGGGAGGAACUUCCAACACUGAGCCACUCAUUCUGGGCUCACAAGGGAGUGGUCACUGGGGUAGAGCGUGGAGGAGAGAAUCGCCUUUUUAUUCCUGCUUCUCCUCUCCCCAUUGCUCAUAUGCUCACCUGCUAAUACUUUAUAUGCAGCAAUACAAAGGGAGUUUAGAGAAACAUUUGUUUAUUCGGCCUGUUGGCGGUGGCCAUUGAGAAGCGCAGCAGUAGCAGCACAGUUCCUCCUUGGAGCCUUGCUUGAACCUUGUCUCCCAGGGCAUCAUUUUCUGAUCCUAGAGUUGCCCCGAGGUGGCUUGCUGAUCCAGUCCCUGAUCUUUCUCUCAGUUUGAACUCAAAAUGAAGAGGAAUGUGGGGAACUAAGCUUUAAUUCCUGCUGCUUCCUUUAUUUUUUAUCAUUCUACAUUCUACAUUUGUGUGUGAACAACUUAAUAUCCUGCCAAGCUCCAUUUCUGGCUCCUCAUAACAAUACACUCUACCCCAAAUGCAUGCCAAAAGAUCCUUAAGGGGUACCAGCAUUCAUUCCUCAAAAGUAAGAGAAAUAAAAUGAGAAAGAAAUACAUUCCAGAGAACAGGGAGCUGAAAUGCCUAGUCGUGACUGUUAAACAGAAAUGCUGUGCUUGGGGCCUUUUAGGGACAAGUGAUAGAAUGGCUGGCUCCAUCUUGCUCUGCUUCUAACCUUCCCAAAAGCAUUUGGUUGACUAAGCUACAAAGUUCUGGGCCAGAUGGACCUUCAUUCUGAUCCAGCAUAAGCAAUUCUGCCUUUAUGUUGCAAGUUGCCUAAAAGCUGCUAGCAAACUUUGUGAGGCAGAGACAUACUCAGUAAAGAAAUUCGCCAAAGAUGAUGCCAAGUUUGCCUUUCCAUCACCCAGCCUUCUGAUGCCAGGUCCAGCAUCCCCAGCAUCUAGGCUACUAAUACCAUCUCCUACUUGUUGCAGAACAUUUCUUCUUUGGCUGAUACUCCUGCGGAGGAGGCCAGUCCCCCUGCUGAGACACCAGCUGCCACCAGUACAGAUUCCCUUACAGGAGCCUCUGAACCACUGCAGCCUCCUGCGGAGAUGCAGGCAGCAGCAUCUGAGCCUCAGGAGCAAAUCCACGCUGCACCGACAGCAGGCACCCCGCCAGCUGAAGCUGCUCCCCAGCCAGAGCUCCCAGCGCCUGUGGUGGAGGCACCAGCAGCACCAGCAGCUCCUGCCCGGGAGCCUGUCACCAUGGUGGUGGUGCCUCAGGUGACCCCUGCUGCUGCUCCUGCUCCACCGCCACCUCCACCUCCAGCACCAGCACCACCUUCAGAAGUAGAACAGUUGGCACUGCCCCAGGAGUUGAUGGCAGAGAGCCAGGCAGGCACCACCACACUCAUGGUGACAGGCUUGACGCCGGAGGAGCUGGCAGUGACUGCAGCUGCAGAGGCAGCUGCCCAAGCUGCUGCUACCGAAGAGGCCCAAGCCCUGGCCAUACAAGCAGUUUUGCAAGCUGCCCAGCAGGCUGUAAUGGGUGAGUGAUCUCAUCUCUCUUCCGAUUGGCCCUGGGGUUAUUGGGCAGGGAGUGUCCCUACAUAUUUAUUCACCCAGCUGAGGUGGGGCACAGCCUCCUGCCCCUCCCUUCUGCGUUAGCGGAGCAUAUAUCUUUCCUGCAACCUUGUUCUGCCUCCAAUUCCAUCCUCUGGCAUUUUUGCAGGUCCUGGAGAGGCCAUGGAUACAUCUGAAGCAGCGGCAACACAAGCGGAGCUCGGCCACUUGGCCUCGGAGAGCCCUGAGGGCCAGGCCACCGCCAUCCCCAUUGUGCUCACCCAGCAAGAACUGGCUGCCCUCGUGCAGCAGCAGCACCAGCUUCAGGAAGCUCAGGCGGCGGCAGUAGCAGCAGCCGCGGCGGCAGCUCAGCAACAGCCACCUCAGCACCCGCUGCCUUCCCACUUGCCCACAGAAGCCCUGGCCCCUGCUGACAGCCUCAACGACCCUGCCAGUGAGAGCAACGGCCUCAACGAGUUGGCUAGUGCAGUUACGAGUACAGUUGGGCUAUUACCCCCUACGCCCACAGAGAGUAAGUAGUGCCAUAUGUGUCCUGUAGAGUGGGGGCGCUCUGCCUUCUGGUGGCAGGAGGCUAUGGACUGCUGCUUGAUGCGGGGGGUGGUCUCACACCCAACCUUUCCCUAAGCUGAUGGCCUCCAAAGAUGUUGACCCAUCAGGUCUCACCCUUGGCUGCAGUGGCUGGGGCUGGUGGGAAUCCAGCUUCCUCUGGAGGGCACCAGGUGGGCGGAGACUAGUGUUUAGGACACCUUCCGCCCUUUUUCAGUCUCGGUGGUGUGGGUCUCUUGGUUAAGGUGGGGUUAGGUUUUGGAACUUGUGCUUUACUCUCCACCUCUAAUGGUGGAGAGAUGCUUUGGAGGACAAAUGAUCAAGGUCUGAAAUUUUCAUUAUUGUCUUCUUUGAACAUGAUUUUCCUCUUCCAGGCCUUGCUCCCUCUAAUACUUUUGUGGCACCACAGCCAGUGGUGGCGGCGGCCAGCCCAGCAAAGCUGCAGGCAGCAGCUGCUCUGACUGAGGUUGCCAAUGGGAUUGAAGCAGCGCCAGUGGUAAGCUAAGGAGGGUCUAGAGGGGGAGAGAUUUGGGGGGGGGGGUAGAGAGAUACUGGUUUCUCCAUCUGAGGGUGAUCAAGGCAUCCAGUAGGAUAGGAUGGUUUAUGUCCCCCAUUGCCUGGGAAGGCUGGGAAGAUGUGUGAAAGGCUUUGGGCUCAGCUGGUCCUGCAGUCACUUCAUCAGUUCUUUUCCUGCCUUUGGCCAGGGCAGAAGGGUUUCUGAGCAUCUCCUUCUCUGUUGUUGCUUUUUUCUCUCCUCCUGCUUUCACAGAAUACUAUGCUGUAUGCUCCUAGUGGCAUUUUGCAGCCUCCGCUUGCAUUAACAGGUGGUGGCCCCACAACCUGUCAGAUGUGGCCGGCGAAUAAUUGGCCACUUUUUCAUUUGGCCCGCUGGACAAAAGUGGUUCCCUACCCCUGCAUUUGCAAGAUGGAUUCCUUCGCCUUCACAGAUGCAUCUUUUGGCACAAGCAUGCUAUAAGUUCUACUGCAGCAGAUGCCAUCCACAGCUCAAAUUUCUCCCCGAUUCCCUCCUAGAAUAGGAUAACUUAGACAAAUCCUAUUUUAUUGGAUGCCUUCGUCAUCCCAGGAAGAAAAGGGAACUUAGAGUGCUCACUGUGAAGUUUCUAGUCAGAUUAAUAAGGCAUCCAAGCCAUAUUCUAUAUGAAAUGCACUAUACAUUUUCAAACUCACAAGUCAAUGUACCUUAGUCCUUCAGCUAGUGCCAGGGCCUUCCAGAAGUCCCUUUGCCCCUCCCCUUUUUUUUCUUUCUCUGAUUUUUGCCUCAAAAGGGAGACAGUUUCAGCAUUCUGCCUGUCUAAGGCUUGGCAGCAGAUGGGAAGAGGAGCCUUCGGGAUUGUUACUAAGCUAAAAUCUAAUUGUGCAGCUUCCCUGCCUUCCAAGGCAGUUGGGAGAUAUAACCCAAUCCUUACCUCAAUCACCCCAGACAAGAAAGAAGCCUCACAGAGAGUAUUGAAAGUUAUUUUUCAGCUUCCCAGAACUAACCCUCUGUUCUCCCACCCUGUUUAGAAACCAGAACCUCCCACUCAGCCUCCAAAGGUGGUUGUGAAGAAGGAGAAUCAGUGGUUUGAUGUGGGUGUUGUUAAAGCAACCAACAUGAUGGUGACACACUACUUCCUGCCUCCUGAUGAUGCGCCUGCCACAGAAGUAAGUGACCUUCACCUAUCUUUUGCUUUCUUCUAAUGAUGCACAUAGUUUGAAGAUUCAAAUCUUUGCUGCCAUCAUGUCUCUCAUCCUUUGUUCCUACAACCAUCAAGGUGGUCCUCAAGUCCCCUUCUCACUGCUCUUCUCCCUACAGGAUGACUCGGGCACCAUACCCGAUUAUUCUCAACUCAAGAAGCAGGAACUGCAGCCUGGUACUGCUUAUAAAUUCCGUGUGGCAGGAAUCAAUGCCUGUGGCCGGGGUCCUUUUAGUGAAAUUUCAGCAUUCAAGACGUGUCUGCCUGGCUUCCCUGGAGCACCAUGCGCCAUUAAAAUCAGCAAGGUCAGUGCUCGUUCAUUCUGCCAGUCACUUGCUAUGUCAGCUUCUUGUUCUGGGGUAGCUGGGGCAACCUUUGUUGCUUCUCCUGUUUAGCUAAUGCCUCUACCCCAGUGUGGCCGCUGGGAGCCAACUGUUCAAAUCCUCAAUCUAUCUGGUGUGUGUGUGUAUCUUUCUCAGAGUCCAGAUGGAGCCCAUUUGACUUGGGAGCCCCCUUCUGUCACCUCUGGGAAGAUCACGGAGUACUCUGUGUACCUGGCCAUUCAGAGUGCCCAGGCAGGCGAACCGAAGAGUGCAGCCCCCGCUCAGCUGGCCUUCAUGCGAGUUUAUUGUGGGCCCAGCCCCUCAUGCCUGGUGCAAUCAGCUAGUCUCUCCAAUGCCCAUAUAGACUACACAACCAAGCCUGCCAUCAUCUUCCGCAUUGCUGCCCGCAACGAGAAGGGCUACGGCCCUGCCACACAAGUCCGGUGGCUGCAAGGUGAGUGGUUGCUGCCAUAGGAAUUUGGGGAAGGGCUUCAGAAAGCAUCUAGCCUGUUAUCUUGUUUCUUCAUGGAGAGGUGGCAAGGCAGUUUCUCUUAAAUGUAUCCCCAUCUACAGAAGAAGGAACAAUGAAUUACCAGGACCCAUUGGUCUCUUUCAGUGCUGUAUACAGUUGUACCUUGGAAGUCAAACAGAAUCCAUUCUGGAAGUUUGUUCGACUGGAAAUGUUCAACUUCCAAAGCACAGCUUCUGAUUGGCUGCAGGAAGCACCUGCAGCCAACCGGAAGCUGUGGAAGCCCCACCAGACGUUCGGUUUCCAAAAGAACGUUCAAAAAUCGGAACACUCGCUUCCAGUUUUCAAUCAUUCGGGAGUCGAAACGUUCGACUCCCAAGGCGUUUGGGAGCCAAGGUACGACUGUGUAUAUGUACUAUUACAUUUAAAAUAUUGAGCCCAUUAUGCAAAUGAAAUAUAUCUGCAUAAUUUUAUCUCAGGUUGAGUAUUUUUGCUGAGAUGUUAGGGGGCAUGAGAGUUGAGUGGUUAGUUUAAAAGGGACAGAAGGGUUUUGCAAAAUUCCCACCACCACUGCACUGUAUUGGCUUCAGUUGAUUACCACCAGUGUGGCUGAGAGAUAUUCCUAAGGAUGUGUGGGUGGAUGUUAAAAAAAAAUCCCAAAGUUCUCAGGUAUAUGGCCUAUGUUCCACAUUCUGUUGUAAAUGCGUGACAUAUAUAACCCAACAGUUUGCUCCUAGCUUGGGAGUCUUAAGGGCAGCUCAAGAAGUGCCACUUCAGGCUGGGAAAUCUAAAUUGUAAACUGCUUGAGGCAGGACCUGUUGUUUUGCCACUUACUAUGUGAAAGCUCAGCGGUCGAGUCCCAGGUUCAGUGCUUGGCAUCACCAGUUAAAAACAGGGUUUUGGGUAGCAGGUGGCUUGAAAGGCCUCUGCCUGAGACACUGGGAAGCCACUGCCAGGCAAAAUAGACAAGACUGGCCUGGGUGGGCAGUCUGCUAUGCGGGAUAUGUACAAAGUUAGACUCUAUAUAAAACAUUAUGUUGUGGAACACGUUCCACUACAUUGGUUGAACUGAGGCCAAGAAUACUCAUCAGUUGAGAGGAUGAGGGGGGGAAAAUCAGUUGGGACCCGUAAUGGAAAGGAUUACUCACCAUUGCAUAUUUCUGCCUAUUGGGAUGUCAAAUUAGACCUUUCUGAGGUUAGGUGAUUCUCGGGGUUGGCCAAUUAAAGGGUUGCAGACCAACUCCAGCCUGCAAUAUAACCUUAUUGGACCGCACUCUCCUGCCCCCAAGACACUGCCAACCCAUGAAUUGAGGUUUGGGCAGACAUUUUUGUCCCCCAUUUCUCUUGUAAUUCAUCACAUGUUUUGAGAAUGGUUAAGCAUAUUUGUUGGCAAGUCACACUGUGUGGUGUUCAUAGUAUUGGCCAAGACAGCUCACGCUUUAUAACUGUAUAAAGUCCCUUCUUCUUUGGUAUGCUGCAACAUGGCUAUGGAUAAUGGUCAGUUGUGAGGAGGUCUAUUGAUGGCAUAGCUAACCUCCAGCUUGUCUCAGGAGAAUAGGGCUGCCCUCUGGACUAUUAAUCUCUGGCUAUUUGCUGUGUGCAAGUACCUGAGCUGGAAUCUGGUACCCAAGUUUGCUGUGUGCUCUGGCUCUCUGGAUAGGGACUUGCACCUCCAGUAUAUGCAGCGCAUUCUUUUCUUCACAGAAUCCAGUAAGGAUGGCUCCAUGAUAAAACCAACCAACAAGCGGCCGCUGUCCUCUCCCGACCUGUGAGUAUUUCCUGGUGGAAAGUCAUGCAGUGUUUGUGUUUCAGGUCAAAGUGGGAGAGGGGAAGGAAUGCGUACAGAAAGGGACAUCUGGAGUCACUGGGUCAAAUCAAGUUCCUAUUUCUUAAUCCAGUUGGUCCAAGUUCCUUUUCUGUGUGCUGUGAAUGGGCAGAGCCUGGGUGUAUGGGGUGCUAGGGGAAGGGUCGUACCUCUGAUAGGGGCCAAAUCAUGCUCCUUCCGAGGUAGUUUGUUCACCUUUGGUCCUCACUCUGCAAUCAGCUCUCACCUGUGGUUUCUAGAAGCUGUCAGCAUGAGACAGUGGCCACACCCCAGGAACUGCUUCGACUGGCCAACUAAAGCAGGUGACGGUAGCUGAUGGGUCUCAAAUUCUUAGUGAGUCAGGGACUUUCCCUGCUUGCGAAGACAGGCUCCGGUGGAUUGAGCAGAUGAGCAAUAGUGGGUCCAACAGUCAAGAAGGCAGUUUCUGCACGUGCUGUAGAGGGACGUGAGGGGUAGACAGGGCUUGUCCACCUGGGAAGGGAGCCCAUGUAGGAGAAGGAAAACUGAUCCUAAACCUCUGCUGCUUUGUGGAAUAUAUUUGGGAGAAGAAAAGGCUAAGGAGCAAACCCUGUACAAAUCUGGAGUAGAGUCCCUAAGACGGUUGGAUGGUGCUUGUACACUUCUUUCUGGCAAUUCCUGCAGCCAAGCUGGUGCUCUGCUUUCCUUUGGACCAUAUCAGUGAGGCCAAGAGAGUAGUCUUGUCCUCUGGGCAGCCCAGGACCUCCGUACUUGAUGACCAGGCUUGCACCCUGAGGAGGUCACUUUAGUGCUGCUAUUUCAGUGGUGUGGCUUCACCCCUGGAGGCACACUCCAUUGUCUUUCGAGACAGAUGGACACCAGCAGCCACAAAUGGACAGAGCAUUUCAUGAAGGAUAUUUUUAGGUGGGAGGGCACCACAAGAUGGGAUCCUUGCCAAGUGGAAAUGCUUCUUCCUGGAACGGUUCUGCAUAGGCAAUCCAAGGUGAGAGAGAUUCACUUUUGAGUGAGAGCGAGCACACAUACCUAUGCAGAUGUGGAUUUAGGAAUUGAUUUCUGAAUCUGUGCAUCAGGCCUAGCCUAGUAUUUGGCUCAUGAGCCCAACACAUUUCUUUUCCUCUUUCAGGAAAACCGCUCCAAAGAAGCCCAAAGCAGAUGGGCAGUGAAGGGCAUCCCCUGCUGUCCCCUCUUCCUGCCUGCUCCACAGCCUCCACCUGAACCCCCAGCCAGUCAGCCGCCCCUUUGUGUGGAGGAAGAUGGAACCGCUGAAAGCACAUUUCAUACACCACGGGGCUGGACUCUUGGGGCGGAGGACGCAGAGGCUCAAGUGAGGGAGCCCCAAGCAGGGGCCAUCGCUGUGCCAUGCCAUGCUAUGCCAUGCCAUGCCCCAGCCUAAGGAGGGGGAAGAAGGACUGGAGUUCCUCCCCUGCCCCCUGCUGCUGCCCCGUUUAACAUGGACGCUGAUGUUAGGGGUGGGUUUGGAGGGGGCAAUUGUUAUGGGGGGAGGGGGGCUGUUGGGUUUUUUACAAGUUGCAGUUACAGGAAUGAAGUUCUUUUUGUAUACCCCAGCAUCCUGUGUCUUGGGGGUGGGAGGGUUAUUCUCCCUGCCUCCAUUUCUUGCCUCUGUACAGACCCUCUCCCUCAGUUUAGUUUUUAGUGUCUGCGUUGGUAAUGGAGAGAGAGGAGUCUCUGCUGUUUGGGGAGGGAGGGGUGGGAGGUGGUUGGACCACCAAUGCAGCUACUUUUGGGGGUGGGUGGGGGGAUGCAGCUCAUUCUACAACAGCUGUUCAAAUGCUCAGCCCAGGGCGCUUGUGGCUUCAACCCACCCCUCUUCUCUACACAUGCAGCAAUUCCUCUAACAGCACAAGCUGAUUUUUCCCUCUGCUCUUCCCUCUCCAGACCACAAGGCGGCAUGUCUAGGCAAAAAUGCCUUGCCAUUCCUCUCCAUCGUUUUAUAUAAAACCUUUUUUAGGGGGGAGGGGGAGACGUUUUGGAGGUAUGGAGCCUGACUCCACAAGGUCAGGGUGAUAAGCUAGGAACAAGACUGCGGGACAAUACUGUUGCCUGUUGAAGUACAGCUUUCCCUCUGGUUGGGGCAGGGAUCUAGGUUCCCUCCCACUCCAAAGGACUAUGUACACCCCCUCCACUCGCUGCCUCUCUGGACAUUCCACAGAGGGGAAGGGAGAAGAGCAGUCAGGGCUUAUUCUUCAGAGAUGGUGGGGAAUAGGCUAUAAAAUGAAAAGCAAACAGCUGCACUGACUGCUAUGUCCUACCUCUCCAUUGUCAGAGAGAUUUGGCAGGUAAAGCAGGCCCCCUCCAAAAAAUAGCAAGCAAACCCAGGAGCAGACCCCCUUCCCCACCAACUUGCUCUGUGCCCUGGUCUUUUGUAUUAUAAUGUAUUUCGCUGUGUCCCCUUCCUGUUCAGACCCUAAGAUCCUUCCCACCCUGCUCUCCUGCCCCAUUUAUUUUCCUUUGAGACAGGAACAGUCCUCCUAGGAGUUCCCCAUGGCUGUCCACCCCUCCGCUCCCCCUCACCCUAGUGCUGCGUAUCUGUCGUUUUUGUGCUAUUUUGAACAAUUAAAGACCUCCUUUUUUUGGAAACC